AUGACACUAGCUCGCUCCACAGCAAAGCCUGUGCAAGCACUGGCUGUUAUCGAAACAGGUGGCUUUGAUCAGUUCAAAUUCGACGAGGCCGACCUGGCCUUGAUGUGCGCGUCGCACAGCAGUGAGGAAAGACAUAUUGGCCGGGCUCUCAAUAUGUUGACCAAAGUUCAAGGCAAAGAAACAGAUCUUCGCUGCGGGGGCCACCCAGCCCUGUCGGACUCGGUGAAUCGCAACUGGAUCAAGCGCGGAUACAAUCCCACCGCCGUGUGCAACAACUGCUCAGGCAAACACAUUGGCAUGCUUGCCGGCUCCAAGGCGAUCGGUGCGGAUAUAAUGACGUAUCACCAUUCAACGCAUCCACUUCAGUCUCGAGUGAAACAAGUGGUGCAGGAACUAUGUGAUUUGGAAGCACAAGAUGUGAAAUGGGGCGUUGAUGGCUGCAACCUUCCGGCACCCGCCUUUCCCCUCCAUUAUCUUGGAAGAAUAUAUGCCAUUAUAGCCUCUUCGGCUGACCAAAUGGAAAAAGAUGAUUCUGCGUCACCAAGGACGCAAGCGUUGUGCCGAAUCUACCAUGCAAUGGCUCACUACCCCGAACUGGUCGGCGGGGAUGGGCGUUUUUGCACUGUGCUCAUGCAGGCAUUCCAAGGACGACUGAUUGGCAAGCUUGGGGCAGACGGCUGCUAUGGAAUAGGCAUUCGAGCAUCAAAGCAGACUGCAAAGCUUGGAGCAACAGGUGCAGUGGGCAUUUCUGUGAAAAUUGAGGAUGGAAAUAUUCCAAUUUUGUAUUCAGCAAUCCUGGAGAUCUUGGAACAGCUCGAGAUCAGAUCAUCAGAUAUGCGCAAGGGGCUCGAUGGUUUCCAUCAUCCGGCCAUUUUGAAUACAGCCGGCGUCGUUACCGGACAUGUUAUCCCUGCUCUCAAGCUACGCGCUGCCUGA